AGACUUCGUUGUAGAUUUAGCUUCACUCUUUUUCUUUUCAGGAGAUUCACCUUUGUCUGUUUUUUGCACUGAAACACAAAAACCAUAAAUUGAGCCAAAUAGAAUCCUGAAAAACAAAUAUUGCAAGAAUACAUUGAACGAGGAGAUUUAAAGCGAAAAAACCAAAAAGCUGAAUCCAUUCUAAAAAUAGAUAAUUCAAUUUCGAAUUGAAUACAGAACGAAAUGAUUACAAAAGAAAACCCCAGAACGCUUAUCUAUUACCUAGGCAACGGGUGUUGACAAGGCGGGAAUCAACAUGCGAAUGCAAGUUUGUUUGAUGUUCUGCACAGAGAGAGAAUUGUAAAGUCUACCGAUGGGUGCUAGAAGUUAUGAUGAAAAUAAUGGUAAAAAUAAAAGAAGGAUUAAAUGAGUGCAGAGUUAAUAUAAGAUAUUUAAGCAGCGGAUUAGUGAAUAAUACAUAUUUGCAUAGGGUAAUUCAGGACAGAAAAGUCGCAGUCUGUUACAAGAGGUCUUUGGAUUACAGAGUGAUCACGUGUAUUAAGAGCGUUUUUGGAUUGGGAGGCAGCACAAAUUAUGAAAGAAUAGAAGGCUAAGAUAUGAGUUAUUAAAGUAAAACAAAGAUUGUUUACUUAACAGUGUACUCAAACUUUGCAUUAACAAAAGGCGUCUUCGUUAAAAUUGCUCAAAAACACAGAUAUAAAGCAGUUUGAAAAGGCAGCAAUGUGUUAUGGACAUGGUGGAACUGGCUAAAUAACAAGCUGGAGUGUAUGCAUACGAAAGCAGUGCUGGAUUGAUACUGGACAAAUAGUGGCCUUGUGACGCAGGAAUCCACAAAUAACAUAGCCAACUAGAUCCAAUGCGUUGGUUGCGCACAAAGUUAUGUAUUCAUGAAGUGUAUUAUAUUACGUUUAGAAAGACUAACAGGGAGCUGGUCAAGAAGAUUUGGACAAGGUUAAUACAGUGUAUGUUAUAUCUCAUAUUUCAUUAUUAUUGGCUUCGAAACUUGGUUGCUUGGAACACUGUACGCUGUUGGUAUAUAAAUGGAUUAAAGAGUUGAAUUUGCCAAAUGAUAAAUACAGUGGACUCAUACACGGAUAAGAGCUUACGAAUCAAAGAGGUUUCUUACAAGGCAGUAAUGGGAACUGACUAGGUAUCAAGUCAAAAUAUAAUUAACCUUGGAAUAUUGCAAUUAUUUUUGUACUUUUGCAAUGCGAGUGAUUAGUCUUAAGAAACGCAUUUGCACUUGACUGCUAAACCUCCGUGUUGCGUACUGUGUUCUGCGUCUGCGUUCUUUCACGGCUACCAUUAAAAGAGAUUUCCGUCAACAGCUACGAUCGCGGUAUUAUAUAAGAGGGAAAGGAGAACAUUUCAAAUGAUGAUGCAAUAAAAAUGGCUACUUUGCUGCUUAAGUCUGUCUCGGAAGGGAGAUUGAGGCAAACUGGAUUGUUGCUCAAAGUUGGUAAGGAUGUAAACGAGCUGGAUUCUGAAAGACAGACUGGGCUGAUGAAAGCGAUGGCGAUAAACAAUGCCUAUGUUAGAAUGAGCAUGGUAAAGGUACUUCUUAACUAUAGUGCAGACGUGACAUUGGUUGAUCUCAAAAAAAGGAAUGCUUUCAUGUGGGCUUGUUAUUAUGGAAGAGCUGACCAGAUCAAAUUUUUUGCCUCUGAAUUUGACGUCAACACGUUGCAGAUCGAUAGACAGGACAAAGAUGGCAACACAUCACUGAUGCUAGCUGUCAAACAAGGUCAUUUGGAAGCUGUUAUUGAAUUAGUAAAAGUUUUAAAAGAUUCUGGAAUGCAGUCUAUCCUUUCAAUGAAAAAUCAUGUAGGUUUAUCGCCACUUAUGGAGGCCUUUCGAAUGGGGAAUUUCGAAAUUGCUAAACACUUAAUUAAUGAAGGGAAGGUGAGCAUAGAUAACCUGACAAACAUAGUAAUGUAUAAUGAUCAAUUUAGAUUGGACUGGACAACAAGGCUGCCACAAGAAAUGAUGAAACACGUUGUUGAGAAUCUCGAUGAAAGAGAAGACCCCCAUCCAUCAAAUAUCUUGAAGUUGCUUAUUACAAACGAUUCGUUCAGGACAGUUGCUUUGAAAUCUUACAACAACGAGAAGAAGAAGAAAACCGAAAAGGGAUAUCCGCAACCUGUACCGAGAACUGCACCGGGUAAACUACAGACCGGAGGUCAGAGACCGGCAAAAGCAGAACCGAAGCAGAAGUCAAUAAAAGGCAUGCUGCCAACGAUCAUGAAUUUAUAUGAAGAACAGCAUUCUCAAAAUUACAGGCCGGCGUCGAAAAACAAUUUCAUUCCUUAUUCUUCUGUAAGCAGGCAGCUACGAUCGAUGGCAUCAAGAACAUGUAGUACAACGUCUGGACGAGGGACGAGGAACCACUUGGCUAGUUUACCAGACUUCAGCAGGUUUAGCCGGUUAUCCGAAGGAAAGUUUACCAGGUCUAGCCGAUCAACCAGCGUUCAACUGCCCCAACUAAACUCUUGGUCUUUGCUCAAGAGAAAACUUAGAUCAAACUUUAUCAGCGACGUGUGAUAUCUUAACUUUGACCUAAAAAGGCCAUAGACGUAGGAAUCUGGGGACAGAGGGGGCACGUGCUCCCCUUAACAGAGAUAAAAUACCCAUUUCAUGCCUACAGACGUGCCCCUUUUUUGACUACAUGUGCUCCCCCCCCUCCACUUUUGAAAUGCUUCCUACAUCCAUGAGUAACCCAAGUGAUCUAAGUUUACUGACAUACCACCAUACAUUAGUAAACAUCUAGAUAUCUUAAACUGUAUAGAAAAAGCUAAAAAUUAGCCUUUAAUGAAACAUAUCAAAGAUAUGAGCACUUUUUUAAUGAGCUUACUAAGUGAGACGUUUAUAUUUUCUGUACGUCGAUAAAUCGACUAAGGUACUAUCUUUUAAAAUAUGAAUGUAGAAUCUUGACAAUUGACAGAAAAUGACAAUAUCUGGCUUUUAACUGUUUAAAUGCAUGUUUGUUCCUGAUAUUUGUCUUUGGAUAAAAUUGAGUACAGAGAAAUAUGCUAGUGACAAGAAAACUAAAUUGUGUUGCCGAGGUUGCCGAAAAUUGUUCGCAUAUUUUAGCAUUCAUGGAUGUGUUCGGUGUUAUCAGUACUUUUGUAGAAACUUUUUUUCAACGAAAACAAACAGCAGAAAUCAACAGGAUGGCGAAUCUUGUAAAUUUUUAUUUUCCAAAGCCGGGCGCUGUUCACUCCUAAUAAUACCUAACUUUCCAUCUCCUUUGCGAAAUUUCCGAUAUCUUUUCGUUGCAAAAAUGGCCUAAUACUAGAUUUCAACAGUCUUAUAACAUCAUCAACUACUGUUCGGAGUUCGGACUCAGAAAAAUUCAUCAUUAGUUUGCCGCAAACCGCAAUCCUGAAAUCAUAGAUUUUUAUACGAAAUUUAGCACCAGUCUCAGCUUUGUUGCCCUUAUUGACAAUUUUUCAAAGUCACUUCUUGCUGCGUGGGUCGGGUCGCUCUUACUGCGUGGGUCGGAUCAGACACAUAGACAUUUCUAUAAGGACGCAAGACUUUUCAAGCAAAUCUUACUAAAGCAAAACGAAAGGAAUUGAAACAGGGUACAUAACGUGCAUCAAAUAGGUGGUUGACUGAAAAGAUAUAGACAUCGAAACGUCAAAAUAUUACAGUGAACAACCGUGUAUUGCCCUGUGUUCCAGACCCCUGACAUGAAAGUAGAAGUCUAAGUUGAGGUAGUGGAACACGAGGAACACGAGGAACACGAAGAAAACGAGGAAAACGAGAAACGCGAGGAACUCAGGUUUCAAUUUAUAAGGACCUGGUUAACUUGAGACUUGAGACCAACAGAGAUACUUCUGCUGGAGACUGGCCUGUUGCCUAUAAAAGUUCUAAUUUUAAAGGCUUACAAAAAUCAUAAAUCUAACUAUUUCAAACUGAAACUUCCUUAUAAUUCUUAUCGGUAAGAUUAAAAAAGCAAAGCAAAUGCCCGCGUAAAGAGCCUUAAAGAAAACACCCAGCUUUCGUUUAUGUUCUGAUGUUUUAUACUUUGAAGAGCGCGAAAUGAAAUUCUUUUGCGUGUUUGUAAAUGUUUGUGUAUUUCAAAGCCAUUUCUAAUUUUGUAAGCAACAAAAAAUUGCUCCUAAAAUUGUUCCAGUGCACAUGUUCCUAAAACAUUCAUAUAUAAAAACCUGAUUAUUAAGAAACAUAUACGCUGAAAAUUGGGAAUAAGAAUCGUAUAUAAAAAGAAACCAGUCAGUGGUUUUUAUCUGUUGAUCAAGAGCAAUUGUAAAUGAUGUCUGACUCAAACCGUUGCAACCUAUCAACCACACACAUUUGUUGUACAAUAAAACAAAGAUUUAAAAGCUGGAUUCAAACAAGGGCAUCUUUUCCCAUCCAAUGUCUAAAAUAUAAUCAUGGACGCCUGCACCGCGGCGGCAGCAAGGGCAGUGACAGCCAAUUCAUUGUAGUUUGAUAUAAACAGUGAAAGAAGAAGAAAACCGUUUUCCAGGCUAAAUUUUAGAUUUUAUAAUUUCAAAGUUGUGAAGUUGUGAAGCAUUUAACAUUAGAUUAGGGGCCAAAGUCAAGAGUAAAAUAAAGUUUAGUUGUCAGCAAAUGAGAAUUUGCAUAAGUAUAUGAAAUAGGUCUGUCUGCCUUUUCUUGGUAUUACCUAUCAAAAACAUUAUAUACUCAUUUUGGAUAUUCCACUUUUACAAGAGGGUAAAUUGGGAGUGACAGAAUUAAGAAUAAGGAGUAAGGAGUAUAUGGUUGGUGUGACAACUUUUAUGCAUUUACAACGACUUUAC